GCUCCUGCGCUCCCACCACCGUAUGUCUAUUUAUUUUACCGAACUGCCGUCGUCUCUCAGUUUAGACUCUCUCGAUCGCUCGCUCUCGAAGAGAAGAAGAGGAAGAAGAAGAAUAAGAGAAGGCGGCGAAGGCGAAGCGAUGGCGAUGGCGAGCUUGGCGAGGCGGAGGGCGGGCGACCUCCUCCGUCCCGGGGUGCUGCAGGGCGCCGCCAUCUACCGCGGAUUCGCAGCAGCCGCGUCGGCGGAGGAGAACGACGUGGUAGUGAUCGGCGGCGGGCCAGGGGGCUACGUCGCGGCGAUCAAGGCCGCCCAGUUGGGGCUCAAGACCACCUGCAUCGAGAAGCGUGGGACCCUUGGCGGCACCUGCCUCAACGUUGGCUGCAUCCCCUCCAAGGCACUUCUUCACUCCUCUCAUAUGUACCAUGAAGCCAAGCAUGCAUUCCCAAGUCAUGGUGUCAAAUUUUCUCAGCUUGAAAUUGAUCUUCCCGCUAUGUUGGCACAGAAAGACAAAGCUGUUUCUGGUCUAACCCGAGGAAUUGAAGGUCUUUUCAAGAAAAACAAGGUAAACUAUGUCAAAGGCUUUGGUAAGUUUGUUUCCCCCUCUGAAGUAUCUGUCGACACCCUUGAAGGGGAGAAUACUGUUGUUAGGGGCAAGAAUAUUAUAAUCGCCACUGGUUCUGAUGUCAAAUCCCUACCUGGAGUUCCAAUUGAUGAGAAGAGGAUUGUAUCAUCCACUGGGGCUCUGUCUUUGUCAGAGAUCCCAAAGAAAUUGGUGGUUAUUGGUGCAGGCUAUAUUGGACUGGAGAUGGGUUCUGUUUGGGGUCGACUUGGUUCAGAGGUGACUGUUGUUGAGUUUGCACCAGACAUUGUCCCAACCAUGGAUGGAGAAGUCCGGAAGCAAUUCCAGCGCAUGCUUGAGAAACAGAAAAUGAAGUUCAUGCUCAAGAUGAAGGUUGUUGGGGUUGACACAUCUGGAGAUGGGGUAAAACUGACCAUUGAACCUGCAGCUGGUGGAGAGCAGAGCACGCUUGAAGCUGAUGUAGUUCUUGUCUCAGCUGGUAGAGUCCCGUUCACAGCUGGGCUUGGUCUGGAAACUAUUGGUGUCCAGACUGACAAGGCUGGAAGAAUCACAGUCGAUCACCAUUUCAUGACAAAUGUGAAAGGAGUAUAUGCUAUCGGAGAUGUGAUUCCAGGGCCAAUGCUUGCUCACAAGGCAGAAGAGGAUGGUGUUGCAUGUGUAGAGUUUAUUGCAGGUAAGGAGGGCCAUGUCGACUAUGAUAUGGUUCCUGGAGUGGUGUAUACACAUCCUGAGGUGGCAUCAGUUGGCAAAACAGAGGAGCAGGUUAAGGCCCUGGGUGUGGCUUAUCGGGUGGGCAAGUUCCCAUUCAUGGCAAACAGCCGUGCAAAGGCCAUCGAUGAUGCUGAGGGAUUGGUGAAGAUACUGUCUGAGAAAGAGACUGACAAAAUUCUAGGAGUGCACAUAAUGGCACCUAAUGCUGGGGAGCUUAUCCAUGAGGCUGUGCUAGCACUGCAAUAUGGAGCUGCGAGCGAGGACAUAGCUCGAACAUGCCAUGCGCACCCAACUAUGAGUGAGGCUGUGAAGGAAGCUGCUAUGGCCACGUACGACAAACCCAUUCACAUAUAGUGGGUACUUGCUAGCUCAUGGACUUGGAAGAUUUUGAAAUAAUUUUUAGAUCCCUUCAGAAGAUCUCUUGAAUUUGUUAUGCUGUUUAUUGUUGUUGUAAGCACUUGUCUAUGAGAUUUUGCUCAUGUUUCCUCCCUUAUGUCAUAUAUGCUUUUGUUUGCUUUUUCUUGUGGAAUCAGAAUAAAAGCAGAGAACUGUAGAGUGAGACAGCUGCCAUAAGCAUUGAGUUCAGAAACACAUGAACCCUGCUGGGGUUCCAAGAAAAUUCAGUAAACACUGCUUCAGAAAAACCGGAUGUCAGUUUAUUUUGUUCUUGGUUA